AGUAUAUAUCUUAAAAACAAGUAUGGCGGCUAAACGAAAAAAGAAUACCGGUACUGAUUUAAAACAGGAGGAAAUUCUACAAGCGGUCGUUAUUGCAGACAGCUUUAAUGUCAGAUUUGCACCCAUUACAACCGAUUUACCUCGGGUGCUAGUAAAUCGACCAUUAAUCGACUAUACUUUGGAGUUUCUUUGUUUAAAUGGAGCUCAAGAAAUAAUCAUCUUCUGUAGAUCCCAUGUGGACCAAAUUCAAAGACAUGUCGAAUCGAAAUGGAUUAGAAAAUCUAAUCCAUGCACAAUAAAGAUAUUCUCAUCUCAAGAAUGCGUGUCUUUGGGAGAUGCACUGAGGGAUUUGGAUAAGAAGAAUAUAAUACAAAAUGAUUUUAUUUUAGUCAACGGAGAUUUAAUCUCCAAUAUGACAUUGUCUCCAAUUCUCCAAGAACACAAGGAAAGAAGAAGAAAGGAAAAAUGUAUGGUAAUGACAAUGAUUAUGAAAAAGACAAACUCUCCUCCCAAGAUGAAAUUUAAAGAUGAUGAUAUUCUCUUGGCUGUAAAUAAUGAUACAAAGACUGUCUUAUAUUACAAGAAACUUCAAGAAAAUAGAGUAAUAGGAUUUCCACUGAGUAUUUUCAAAAGUAAUCCUAACGUUUCCAUACGAAAUGAUUUGAUGAGCACUGGAAUAAGUAUAUGCUCGGCUAAGGUACUAUCCCUAUUUGGAGAUAAUUUUGAUUAUGAAUGCAGGGACGAUUUUAUCAAAGGAAUACUAAUUGAUGAAGAGAUAUCCGGUAAUACUAUAACAGUACAUAUUGAAGAGAAGGAGUACGCUGCAAGAGUAUCGAAUCUGAGAACUUACGAAUCGAUUACUAAAGAAGUAAUCGAUAGAUGGGCUUUUCCGAUAGUCCCAGAUGUAAGUUUUGAUAUAAAUGAUCCGAAAUAUUCAUAUCGCCGACACAAUAUAUAUCUGGACGAUGAUGUUAAACUUCACAGCAAUUGUAAACUAAUAAGAACCGUUGCCAUUGGAAAUAAUUCUCAAAUAUCGGAGAACGCUCAAAUAUCUAAUUCAGUUAUUGGUAGAAAUUGCAAAAUAGGCAAAAAUGCUUUAAUACAAAAUGCAUUUAUAUGGGAUAAUGUAACAAUAGAAGAUGAUUGCUGUUUAAAAACCUGCAUAUUAGCUAACCAUGUUACGGUUUUUAGGGGUGUAACUAUAGAAGAGGGAUGCGUUCUUUCCACAAAUGUCACUGUGGGACCGGAAGUACCUAUUCCAGGAGGAACUUUAUUGUGCAAAAGCGAGAUCAAAAUUAACUCUGCAAAUGAAUUUGGGUUACAAUCGAAUGCAAAAGUCUAUAAAGCUUUCGCAGAGGACGGAGAAGAUGUGCCCGAUAUUCCGUGGUGUGAACCUGAGCAACCCGAUGAUAUUUCUUCUGAUGAGGAGAGCGUCAUAUCUGAAAUAUCAGCAGUCGAACAAGAUGAUAGAAUAGCUUUCUAUGAUGAAUUGUCAGGUCUUUUGGAAAGCUUAAAUGAAAACGUCUCCGUUGAUAAUGUUAAAUUAGAAAUCAAUUCUAUAAAAGCUGCUUACUAUAUGGAAAUAGACGAUGUAAUUUUUCAACUUGUUAAAGCUAUCUUACUGUUUCCUUUACGGAACAAUGAGCAGCUCUCCAUAGAGCAGUACAAGGCCAGCUUUAAAGAAGAAACAGCUGCUAAUAAUACUUUAGUUUCAACAUACCUUAUAAAAGUAAUUGAGUCAUUCUACGACAGUGAUGUAUUAGCCGAAGAUACUAUAUUAUCGUGGUAUUCCAAUUGUGAGAAUACUGAUCUAAAAAAUAGGGUUAAAAAGCUUAUAGAAUGGCUUGAAGAAGCUGAAGAAGAAAGCGAUGAAGAUUAA